CCGAUAUUGGAGCGUGUACAUUCUGUAAGUGCUCUUCUUUCUUUGUUACGAAGCUUUAUUUAAUUUUUGGUUGUGCUUCUUGUAGAUGGCUAUUGAAGUGUUUGGUUCGCUAAGUGAUUGUGUCAAUCCCGUGACUGAAAAAAGUGUAAAGCUUGCUUACGGAGGUGAAGAAGAGACCUUCUUGAGAGAAGUCAUUAUUCCUAUUUAUGAAAUGAUUGCAAAGGAAGCGGAAAGGAGUAAGCGUGGAAGAUUAGCCCAUUCUCAAUGGAGGAACUAUGAUGAUUUAAAUGAAUACUUUUGGUCCGAUGAGUGUUUCGGACAGUUGGGUUGGUCAAUGUCUGCAGAUGCUGAUUUUUUUCACCUUCCUGCUGAGCAGCUACAGUUUGAGAAAACCGAGGAUUCAAAACCUGCUUAUCACAAUCGAUGGGUUGGGAAAGUGAAUUUUGUUGAGAUACGGUCUUUCUGGCACAUUUCAGAAGCUAUGAUCGGAUGUGGAGCUUCUUUAUUCUAUUCUUACAGGCAAUGAUAAUUGUUGCAUGGAAUGGCUCCGGGGAUCCAACUGCUCUCUUUACCCCUGAUGUUUUUAAGAAAUUGUUGUCUAUCUUUAUAACUGCUGCUAUACUGGAGCUAGGACAAGCUGUGCUUGAUGUAAUUCUCACCUGGAAAGCACGACGGAGCAUGUCUGAUGAUCUAAAGCAAAGAUAUAACUUGAAGAUUAUUUUUGCUGCUGGUCAGGUUAUUAUUUUCAUAGCAACAUACGAUUAUACUU